AUCAUCGUCUCCGCACCUACUUAUCCAAUACCGUGAAUUUGAGCAAAUUGACUGGUCGGUAGAUAGCAGAAAUGAGCAGAACUCCAAGCACCUCCCCUGAUCUCAAUACCGAGCUCUAACCCACAUGCCCCAAACCGUCUGUGUCUUGACUCAGCUGUCACGCGAAGGGCGGUAACUAUCGAUCAAGCGCUUGCGUUUGUGCGACGGGUAAGGACUUCCCUCCAUGGUGUUGUCAUUGCUGCUGUGGUUGUUUUGAUUGUUGGAGGGUCCCUCGAAGGAAGAUCCCCAAUGGGGACGACCAGUAUCACGAGCUCUAGGUCGCGGAGUCAGGUCGCCAACAUAGCGCCUAAAGUCUCUACGGCGCGGGCCACGAAAGGUGACUCCGGCCAUGCCACGACGGCUAGGGUCCUCGAAGCGGCGCUGGCGACCUCCGGUAAGUUGCACAGCGCGGUCGCGGGCCAGGCGGAAGUGAUAUUCAAGGUCCGGAAUGAGAGGGUGGUUGAAACGUCCGUUGGCCCGGAGGUAUUGCAGCGCGUUCUCCGCCGUGUCGCGCAGGAAGCGGACCGAGGACUCGGUAUCCGUGUUAGUGUCACUGUGACGAUAGAAGUCGUUCUUGGCCUGACGGAACCGGAUGACGAGGAGGUUGAUGUUCGGUUGGAUGCUGAUGGGUCCUUCGGACGUGCCUGGAGUGUUCAGUAUAGCCGCGUCUCCUUCAGCAGUGUUAGGGUCGUCAGUGCCGCCGACAGCUCCGCCCACGCUCUCGCUGUCCCCGAGGCCGAAAGCUAGAACGAAGGAACCGUGUUAGCAUGCAGCUUGCAUCCGGUGCUGAGAAUCGUACCUCUGUCCAGC